AUGAAAGAGAAACUAUUGAUUUCGGUCAACGGAGGAAAGAAUUUAAAGAAAAAAAAAACAUGGAUAUUAUUAAAAUUAAAGUUACACGACGCAAAGUAUAAAACAAAAUAUGUAUAUGGUGGAGAGAAUGUUGUGUUUCAAAAAGAGACAUUUAUAUUUGAGGUAAAUGAAGAUGUUUAUCCAGCAGGUGAUUUAGAGAUUAAAGUAAAGACAUGGGAGAUGCUAAAGAAGGGAGAGGUGUUUGCAUUUGCAACGGUACCGUUGGCACCUAUCACAUCGGAGAUUAGAAGUAUUGGAUCGAGUGAGUUUACAGAGAUCAAGAGUUAUUCGAUAUCGGCAUCACUCUCUGAUAGUACAUCUUCAGUGUCAUCGACAGCAUCGUCAUCCACCACAACUACAACACUAUCGGCAUCGGCGUUGGCCAACAGCAACAGCAACAGCAGCAGUCACAUCGUUACAAACAACUCGAUUCAAAAGAGAAUUGCAUUGAAAUCAAAGAAAGGCGAUGAAACAAACAGUGAUCUAACGAUAUCUUUUGAAUUGGUACCAGAGAGUGAAUCAUCUACAACAAUGAAAUCAAUACCAUUGUUAUUUAGAUGGUUUCCAGAUUUACCACAUUCAGAGACAGUCAUCUCAGAGUGUUAUUGUACAAAGGAAGCAAAGAAAGCAAUUAGUAUGUCACACAACGGUACGAUGUACAUCACACAGAAUUACCUGUGUUUUAGAAGUCCUUCGCAUCUAGCAAAGAACAAAAAGACAAUGAUACACUUUAAGGAUAUUACAAGGAUUAAAAAGAAGAUUGGUUCUUUUUAUCUACCGAAUGCAAUUGAAGUUAGAACAUCAAAAAAAAAAUAUUUAUUUGCAUCGUUUAUACAUAGAAGUAAAGCAUAUACUUUAUUGAUAAAUCAAUGGAAUCUACAUGGUGGUAGUGAGAGAGACAGUGGAAAUUCAACUAUAGAUGAGGAUGACGAUGAUAAUGAAGAUGAUGAUAAUACACCGGAUUUAGAGGAUGACGAAGAGGUGACAUCGAUCAUGGUAUCGCCAUUAAAAUCAGGUGGAGGCGGAAGUAGUUUUAUUUCCAAUGUUAGAUCGUUGUCUCCACUUUCAAAGUUGACUGAUUCCACUGGAAGUAACAGUAGUAGCAGCAGCGGUAGUAACAGUAUCAGGAAACCACGUUCACAAUCUAUGGGUUCAAACAGUGCAUCUUUGACAUCUUCCUCUUCGUCAAAGUCACCAAACAAACCUGGAACACCCACCAACUCCAUCACUGAAUCGAAAUCAAACAGCUCUGGCAAUCUCAAUCCGAAUCAACUGAAACUCAUCAUUGAGAUUGAGGAUUUCGAGCAAUUCGGAACCAACAAUCAUCUUAUGAUCAAUGUAUCCAAAGACAACACCAUACAAGAUCUUCUUGAUAAAUUGAAACUUAAAUUAACAGUAUCAAGUGAUGAUAAAUUCAAUCAGAAUUAUAUAUUAGCGAUUGGAAAGUUGAAAAAGAAUAAGAAGAAUAAGAGAGGAUCCGGUGUUUAUCUUCCAUUGGAUCAAUUGAUGAUGGUAAACCAGCCGUUGGAAGACGAUAUCACAUCGUAUGUCACAUUGUUACAUCGUGCCAAGUCAACAGGUGGAAAUGCAAUGGUAGAACGUAAAUUCAUCAUACUCGAUAGACAUAAGCAACUGUCUGCUUACUCUUUCGAGAGUCAAGAUAUCAUAUUCCUAAAGAAACCAAGAUAUAUCGAAGAUGUUAAUUUAUGUUUUGAAAUAGUUGAAGAUAAAUCAAAAGUUAUUAAAUUGAUAUUGAAUGUUGAUAUUAAGAUUUCAGAGAUUUUCAAAGAGUUAUCAAAGUAUUAUAAUAAGAAGUUUUUUGUUGCCGAUUACUAUUUAUAUAUUCCAAAGAAUGGAGAGAGAGGAAUGGUUUUGGAUUCAGAGAUGACGUUGGCAGAUUACAAUGUCGGUUCGAAUUGUACCAUUCAAGUUAUGCGUUAUCCUCCAUUCGAUGGAUUCACUCAGAAGUUCAAAUACAGCAAUUCAAGAUCGAAACGUUCAUUACUCUUUGAGCUGAUUCAAUCUUGUUUGACACUGUCGAUUCCAACCACUCAGAUGCAACUGAUGGACAGACCACAAGAGUUUCUCGAUCGAUUGCAACAGAAACUACAGUUGGACGAUGUCGAUGCAAAGAUGAUCACAGCCAAUGUUCUCUCGAUCAAUUCCUACAAAGACGAAGGUUUGCUGGUGGAGUUGAAGAGUAGAUGUGAGAUGUUAAUGUCAAAAUACGAUGUCGAUCCAUAUUACAAUGCAGAGUCGUUAGGUGGAAAUAAUGAAUCCUACCAGAUUUGGCGAAGACUGGAACUGAAUCAUGUUGUUCAUCUCAUGAAGAAUAUCAUAUUCAAAGAAGAUUGUUUCUAUGGUGUUAUAUUUGUGCGAUUGAUUGAAGCAGAGGGUCUGUCAUCGUUGCCCAUCAACCAGUAUUGCAUAUUCUCAACACCCUAUCACAGAGUAAAGUCUACCACUCAGUUGAAUACCAACGAACCGGAAUGGAAUCAAUCGUUUCUACUAAAGUUGAAGAAACCAAAGGGAAAGCUAGAGGUUGCUGUUAUGUCUUCAACGGCAAGUACCGAUACACUGCUCGGAAAGAUCGAAAUCAAUAUUAAAGACCUAGAGGAUACCAAAGGUAGUCCUAAAGAUAUGUGGUUCUCACUUCCCACCAGCGGAAGAAUACAUCUCUCGCUGGAGUAUCAUUAUCAAUACAGCGAGUACAAUGAUUAUCUCAACAAUAUACACUCAACAACGACAGGUGCCACAGAUGGAUUCAUCGAUCAAUCACAAGAAGAGAAUGAACACAAUCAACAACACUCAGUUAACAAAGCCAAUUCAACAGCUACAACAACCAACACAUUCGAUUUAUCAAAGCAUAUACCAAUCGAUCAUAUUGCACUCUACAAAAUACUAUUCAAUUUCAUCAUUGAAGAGAGAGAUAGACUGGCCAAGUUGAACCAACCCACUUCUAUAACCUCAUCUACAGAUACAUCAUCGACAACAGAAGCAUCGAUUGAGUCCAAUGGUAAUAUUGAUGAUUCAGAUUGGUUAACUAUUCCAUUUAGAUCAUUGUUAAAUCAAUAUUGUAUGAGAUUUGGUGUUUGUAAAACAUCAUCAAAUAUAAUACAAUUUGAAGUUAUGGUAGAGAAAUAUUCAAUUGAAAAGAAUUAUAUCUUUGAAUUGGAAGAAGUAACAAAUACUAUUCUUGAUAUUCUCAAUGGUAAAGAUGAAGGUGUAUUUACUGUCAGUGAAUUGCAAUCACUCAAACAAUCAUUGGAUAAAUUAAUUCCAAAAGUAAAUUAUAAUAUUGGAAGAUAUUAUGAAUCAUUCCCAUCUAAUAAACCAAGAGGAUGCCUUAGAAGUUUAGUAAAGAUUUUUGAGAAUAUCUUGACAUUGCGUGGAAUAAUCAAUAAGAAUCCUGUUACCAAUUUCAGUCAGAGACUAUCGUUGUGUGUUCAGGAGGAGUCGAAACGCAAGUUUGAGGAGAAUAUCGCUGCACUUGGUUUCAUGGCGAUGGAGUACGAUCAGAAAGUAAAGGAAGUAGGAACCAUCACCAAUAUGUUGGUGGAGGUUAUGGCUAUCAUUACAGAGGAGAUUGACCAAACUAUACAUUUCGAAUCGGCAUUCCCUCAGGAUGUAAAGAUUACUUGUGAUGUCAUUGAUGCCUGGGGUGAUUGUAUAGAUUCCACUGAGAAAGACGACAAGAAAUCAGUGUCAAUCACUCAAGGUGUAUCGUCGAGUUAUAUUCUAUUCUUUGAGGCAUGUGAUGCUGCCAUCAAAGAUUUUUCAUCUCUAGCGUGGCUACCGGAUUCAUUCUCCUACGUCCAACUACUUGAAGUUCUAACUUCAGAGGUUAUCAACUAUUGUCAGAUCAUAUCCGAGCAAUUCGAACAUUAUCUAGAACAUACCGAGGUGGAACAACAUGGCAAACCGACUCUAUUCACUCUCAACGUUGAGCCGGUUGUAAUGCUCAACAAUUUGGAUGCUGCCAAGACUCGUCUAGAUCUCUACGGUCAAAAGAUUGAGCGUGACCUAAACAGACAUCUUGGAAGUAGUCAGGCUGCUCAUCUCGAUGAAAACUCCAAACAGUGUGUCACCAAUUCAUUCAAGUUGUGUAUGGAACAAUCACAAUCGAUUGUCUCUGAAUUCUAUAAUCGAUGUAUUCAAUCGCUUUCCGAUCGUAUGAAACAACAUGUAUUCUAUCAGUUCCAAGAGGUAUUGUUUAGCGAACCAUUGGUAUCUCUCAACAGUCAUCUGAACGUUGCCAACGAAGAUGAUAUCGAGAGUGGUGUAGUCACUACCCAAAAUAGCAAUGCAGCAACCGUUUUGUUUGAACCGGUACAUGACACAUCUGUACUUCUCAACAAUGCAGGCUCAGCAGCUACAUCCACUAUUCCAACAACAAUCAAGACUAGCAUCAAUAACAAAGAGAAUCUUAAAUACGAGAAAGCAAUUCUCAGCGUAACCAAAGAUUUCCUUUCACCUAAAAUCGAAGAACUCUAUAGCAAAUUGAAAGAACCACUGUUCAAAUUGUUUAUAAAGAAACUUUGGGGUGAAUUAAUAGAUGAUUUAUUAUAUCUUGUUGUACCAAGACCAAGUGAUCUGGUGUUAUCAUUCCACAGUCAACAUUUAAUUAUGGCGGAUGAACAGAUUUCAAUUGUAAAUAAUUGUUUGAAGGAUCUAAUUAUUAUGUUCCAUAAAGGUGGUGCAGGUUGUCCAACACCGACUUUGGAGGAGCGAUCCAAUCCAUUGAAACAUAUGUUGAUUGCAACUGGAAUGGAAACAACCCCACUCAUCGAUUUGUAUAACCAGAGAAAAUCAAUGGUUUCUUCAAAGACCAUGAGUCUCAACACUGUUACCAAAGACCAUAUCAUUGGUAUUCUUGGAACCAGAGUUGAAUUUGACAAAGAAGCACGUACUUUUGUCAACAAAAUCAAUGGAGUAACAGAGAAACCACUAGAUCCUGAAGUUGAACAAAUCAAAGUUGUACCAGAAACUGAAUUUAUCAUUGAAAGAUAUCAUUGUUCAUUAAAUGGUCAACUUGGAGUAUUAAUUCUAAGUAGUCGUUAUUUAGGUUUCCAAAAUCUAUUGAAAGAAAUCGGUGUAAAGUUAGGUACUAAACUUUCCGUUCCUUUGGUUAACAUUGAAGAGAUCAAAAAGACCAAAAUCGCGUUCCUAUUCAAUGCUAUGCAAGUCAACACCAAGGAUGGUAAAUCAUAUACUUUUACAGGAUUCUUUGAUAGAGAUUCGGUAUUCAGAGAUCUUUCCAGUCAAAUGAAAGUUGCCCAAAAGAAUCAAAAAUAA